CGAUAUUCCUUACCCCAACUUCGGCGAAUACCAAAAAGGCGAACACUCUGCGCAAAUUCACCCCAGCGCCCAAAGCUCGGAUAGGACUAUUCUGGGGCUAGAUUCAGGUCAAAAUGAGUCGAACCACAUGGUGACGGGGUGAAAUGGCAACCAUCAAGCCAAUCGAGGGCAGCUCGGUGCACCAAAUUCAAUCGGGACAGGUCAUAGUCGACUUGUGCUCUGUCGUGAAGGAGCUUGUCGAAAACGCGCUCGACGCCUCGGCCACGUCGCUCGAGGUGAGGUUCAAGAACAACGGACUCGACUCCAUUGAGGUCGCCGACAAUGGAACCGGCAUCGGGCCGGAAGACUUCGCCAGCAUCGCGCUGAAGCAUUAUACCUCGAAGCUGUCCACGUACGACGAUUUGGGAAGCCUCACAACCUUCGGAUUUCGCGGCGAAGCGCUAAGUUCCUUGUGUGCAUUGAGCAAGCUGAGCGUGGUUACGUCGCGCCAGCAGGACGCACCAAAGGGAUCAAGGCUUGAGUUCGAGACAAGCGGUCGACUCAAGAGCACGGCUGUUGUCGCAGCGCAGAGAGGUACCACCGUCACAGUUGACAAUAUCUUUCAUAAUCUCCCGGUCCGGAGGAAAGAGCUGGAGAAAAAUAUCAAACGAGAAUAUGGCAAGGUCCUGGGCUUGCUACACGCCUACGCGUGCGUCAGCACAGGCGUGCGCUUCUCGGUGAGCAACGUGCCGCGCAAGGGGAAAAAGGUCGUCGUCUUCUCUACGAAAAACAACCCCACGACCAGGGAGAACAUUGCAAACGUUUAUGGAGCCAAGACGCUGCUGGCUUUGACCCCCCUCGACUUGAGCUUGGAAUUGCGCCCGACCGCACCCUCAAUACAGUUGGCGAAAGGCUGGAACCCGACAAAGGAUGUGAUCAGGGAGGUUCGUCUGGAAGGGCACAUCAGCCGACCCGUAGUGGGUGAAGGCAGGCAAACACCGGAUCGCCAAAUGUUCUUUGUCAACUCUCGGCCCUGCGCCUUACCUCAGGUCUCGAAGGCAAUCAAUGAUGUCUACAAAGCAUACAACAUCACGCAGUCGCCAUUCAUUUUUGCCGAUCUCAAGAUCGAUACUAACGCGUACGAUGUGAACGUCUCGCCAGACAAGCGUACCAUUCUCUUGCACGAUCAGGCUGCUCUCCUUGACGCGAUAAAAGAUGGUCUGGUCGAGCUAUUCGAGAACCAAGAACAAAGUGUGCCACAAGCUGGCAACCGCGGUCUCAAGCACCUGCCACCUUUUAAACAGCUUUCUGUAGAGAGACCAUUGCGUAACGCUUCUGAAGAGAAGGAAGUUUCAGAUGCGGAGGUUUUGUCAGAGUCAAAUGUCAGGGUGUCGGCGCUGUCAACUAGUCGGCUUCUAGACAAGGCUGGGCAAGAGAUUGAAAUGCGUGAGCAUGUGGCUAAGCCGGUGACGGCUGAAUUGCCUGUAGAAGAGAUGCAGGAAGUUCAACUCCAAACCAAUGGAUCGUCGCACGCGAACAGCGACAAACCUGGACAGUCAGCCCCUGACGAGGAGAAUAGUGCUGAAGAGCGAACGAUAGAGCCCACAGCCGAUUUGGAAGAGGGUCAAUAUGAACUCCCUCGGCCAGUACGGGAUUUCAACAAACGCAUGGGCCUAGACAUUGUAGGCCGGAAAGCACGACAGUUUUCAGACUCUGCGGAAGAAAGUGAAGGUAAAAGCGAUAGUGAGGAUGAUCUGCAACCAGUCCACAUCGCCACUUCUAAGGAAAGCAUUCCUUCCGUCUCGAAGACGCCAAAAACUGCUGUCCCUGGUGAUGUACCAAACGCAUUUGAUCGCAUGAGGCCUAAACGCGUUGCGGAGGACACAGCUACUGUCACCAUUGGCAAUCAGACGACAAGCAUGGCAAUCCGCAGCCCAGAAAAAAAGAAAAGACGCACGGAUAUGCCAAAGGUGAUAAACGUUGGUGACAAGGCUAUGCCGAGCUUCGUAAGCAGUCUUUCCCUUUUCACUGCACCUGGGGUGGAGGCGACGGCUGGUGAAGACGAUGUCAUCCAGGAGAACAGAAGCGCGACGAACAUGAAUGACCGCAUGCGGCGCAGAUCAACGGCACGGGAGAAUGCGCAGCCCUUACCGUCAACAACGACGAAGAACAGCCAGACUACUUCACCCGAGGAUGACAUUUCCGAUCACGUACCACCUUCACCAAUAUCGGUUUCGGCAUCAGAAGCUGGUUCUGACGAUGAAUAUCUUGACGAGCGUGAGCAGAAAGCUAGAGAGGAAGCGCGCAUUGCUGAAUUGAUUGAAGCUGCCGAGGAGACAGCGGCUAGACCGUCAAGCGACAACAUAAAACGAGCAACUAAUGUCCUAAAAGGAAGAGGACGAAAGUAUUCGACUUUGCAACUUCUACAACGCCUAAAGACAUCAGAGCAGUGUAUAGAGCGGCAGCUCAGGCAGCUUACCAAAGCAACAACAUUGCAUGAAGCAGAAAACCACGAGGCUCUUCAUGAUGCGCAAGAUGAGCAAAACGCGACUUCUGUCGAAGAACGCUUGUCUCUUACGGUCACAAAAUCGGACUUUGGCCGCAUGCGCGUCAUUGGACAGUUCAACCUGGGUUUCAUCCUCGUCAGUCGCCCUGCGGUCGCUCGAAAGGACUCAGGAAACGACGAACUCUUCAUAAUUGACCAGCAUGCUUCGGACGAGAAGUACAACUUCGAACGCUUGCAGUCGCAAACCGUGGUACAAAAUCAACGUCUCGUACAUCCCAAGCAGCUUGAUCUGACCGCUAUCGAAGAAGAAAUCAUUCUCAAUCACGGCGCUGCCCUGGAGAAGAACGGGUUUGAAAUCAGCACGGACACUUCGGGAAACUCUCCUGUUGGCCAGCGUUGCAAGCUCGUCUCCCUUCCCAUGUCUCGUGAGGUCACCUUUUCUCUCUCGGACUUGGAGGAGCUCCUCGCACUUCUAGCUGAGCACUCGGAGAAUGCGCGUGGAGACGUCCCGAGGCCUUCCAAGGUGCGAAAAAUGUUCGCCAUGCGCGCGUGCAGGUCCUCAAUCAUGGUUGGCAAGACCUUGACGAACAAGCAGAUGGAGAAGGUGGUAAGGCACAUGGGCGAAUUGGACAAGCCGUGGAAUUGUCCACACGGCAGACCGACGAUGAGGCAUUUGUUUUCUGUAAGGGGUUUCAGACAAUGGCAGGAAGGCGACGGCUUGGUCGACAUGGAUGAGGUCACAAGCAUUGGAGGACCAAGUAAGGACGUUGACUGGAAGGCCUUUGUCAGGUCGGGCGAAGAGAUGGGUAUGCUGUACAAAGCAGACAAUGUCAAGUUAUGACGUGGACGUUGGAUGUAAAGUUUUCCUUGUUAUGGAUUUUUAUAUAUCACGCGAACCGUGAAUCAGAUCCGAGGAGAUCAAGUAGGUCUCAUUAUUUAGC